AUGGGUUUGUGCGGUUUGAGUCUCUCUCAGACUUUCCGGAUCCUUGAGUUUGUAUUCUGCAUUCUGGCCCUGCUCAUCCCAACAUUCCGCGGCUCCACGUCCAGUCCGUACGGCAUCUGGUGUGAGUUCGUCUGGGCAUUUGGAGCCAUUGUUGCUCUCGUGAUCUUCGUGAUUGAGAAGUGUCUGUUGGCUAAAGUGAUUGAAGGUUGUGUGUUGAAACACAGCUGGGAUGACCUGAGCUGUGGACUCACUCUUCUGUCUUCACUAAUGCUGCUGUCUGCAUCUGUCAUCUUCUGCGUGUUCUUUGUGUGCUCGACAUGCUUUGCGGACAUGUGUUGUGCCAUUGCCUCCAUCGUGGCAUUUGGAGUGUACGUGGCGGAUGCCGUGAAGUUAAAGCUCAAGUGUCCUGAAGGUUAUCUCUCCAACGGUCGGGGCAUCUUACGCUUCAGUCAGGCGUUUGUCGCCUGUCUCAUAUUUGCUGCGGUGUACAACUACUUCAAAGGCGUGGAGAACCGCUAUCGUCCAGCAGGGUUGAUCUGGUGCAUUCUGGUCUAUGUGGUGUGUUUUCUUCCAAGCGUGGUUGUAAUCCUGACACAUCUUCAGAAGUGUGUGAAUCUGCUGUGCUGUUGUGAUCUCAUGAAGAUGGAGCUGGUGGUGGACGGGGUGUCUGUAGCGCUCUACAUUUCUGCCGCCAUUCUCUGGCCUGCCUUUGGGUAUAAAAACUACCAACAAGGAAUAAGCGAUGAGCAUCAAAUGUAUAACUAUCGCUUUCAUGACAUGAAUGUGAUCACGGUCCUGACGUACGUAAACCUGGGGCUCUACACCGCUGACCUCAUUUGGUGUCUUAUUGUUCUUUGUAAACGCAGAUAA